UCAAUAUAUAUUUCUUUGCACCCAAGUACAGUCAAAGAAAUUCAAUCAAAAUACUUUCCAUUUAAUCCACGCUCGUACGUUUAUAGGUGACUUCUUCAAUGUAUAACUAGUAUUGCCGGCAUAAAUAGCACUCAAAAACAGAAAUAAAAUAAAACAAUUAUUCUAUUGUGGUAUUUACAAACGCAAUGGCCGCAUUAGGUAUCGUCUGCUUGGCAUACACGGUUAUUAUAGAAAACAGCCCGGCUACCAUAAUAAUGGCGCCCAAAGGACAAUGCCAAACUUGCUGUCCGAUAAACAUCAAAGAAGACAUUACAUUUAUAUCCUAUACAACGGAAAACCCAAAUGAACCACGUCAGAUAUUAGUAAACGAUGACGAGUCACUGCGUAGGUCUCAAAUAGACAGAAACAAGCUUACAGUGAUCUACGUGUACGGAUUCACUGAGCAAUACACAUCAAUAGGCGGUACUUCUAUGAAGAAUGCGUACCUUCGCCGUGGAGGAGUAAACGUUAUACUCGUCGAGUGGAGUAAGUUGACUGCAUUGCCGUGGUACGAUUUUGCGGUUCGCAAUACAAAGAUAGUCGGACAGUAUUUGGCCAGAUUCAUCGAAUAUUUAGUGAGUCAAGGGUUCAGUUUGUCCAAUAUCCACGUGAUCGGUUUUAGUCUGGGUGCAGAAAUCGCUGCAUUCGCCGGCAAGGAACUCAAAAUCGGAAAGCUACCUAGAAUUACAGGAUUAGACCCGGCAUAUCCUCUUUACCGAGGAACUAACAAUAGAGGUCACCUGACGCCGUCUGAUGCAGAGUUCGUGGAUGUCAUACACACUGACGGUGGAGAGUUUGGAUUUCCCGUUCCGAUGGGUCACGUCGACUUCUUUCCAAAUGGUGGCUUUCCUAUACAGCCUGGAUGUUCAACACCAACAAAUGUCUCAAUAGAUAAGGUUCCCGGAUAUGCAAGCUGUAGUCACGUAAGGGCUUGGAAAUAUUACAUCGAAUCCGUACAAAAUCCUUAUGGUUUUCCGUCUAUUAGAUGUCACUCGUACGAUGCAUUCAAAAAAGGUAAAUGCCUGAGGGAUUCCAAAAACAGCAAUGGCCAAAUUGUUCAAUACAUGGGAAUAGCUGCAAACGAAAAGCUCAGAGGAAAGUUUUAUUUAAAUACUAGAUCCAUAGAACCGUUCGCGAAUAAUCAAACAUACCGGCACAUGGCUCUCACGAUGAUUUGAAAGGUUGUCUAAAAAAUACAAGUACAAUUUAAAUAUUAAGCAAUUGUUUUAACCCGGUAUGAAGUUAAACUUUCAUUUAUAUUUUUAGUUAAACAACGUAUAGUAUUAUUUUGUUUUAUUUUCGUG